AUGGCCAGCCCGGCGCAACAGCUUCCCCCAGGAUGGACUGCAGAAUGGGACGUGGAUAACCAGCGGCAUAUGUUCCUUGAAACCGCGACAGGCCGCGCACAAUGGGAACAUCCACUCGCAGCCCGAGUGUCGUCCCCUCCACAAUCUCCAGGCAUCGGCUCUCCGACCUCUCCUCCGCCUCUCCACGGCCACCACACCAAACGUCGCCAAUACGCUCUCGGCCAAACACACGCCUACGACGCCUCCGACCCCCUCUCUUCCGCUCCUCCUGGCACCAACCUCCCAUACCCCGACGCCCAAGCGCCCGGUCCCCAGCUCUUCACUCCAUCCAUCGGCGCCGUCGACAACCAAUUCGCUGCCCAACAACAACAACAACAACAACAACAACAAGGACAACAGUCAGCGCCGUAUUACGGUCAUGGCCAACAGUCCCAGCCAGAAUACAUCAAUGCGCCGGGCUACGGCCAGGCCGUCAACCCGCUCGCCAACCAGUUCUCCCAAAUGUCCAUCGGUGCACCUGCUGGAACAGGUCCGAAUCCCAUCUCCCGAGUUGCGACGACCUUAAACCUCCAAUCGACGCCCCCCGAUCCCUCCUCGCUCCUCCUCCCACCACCACCCAUCAACCUCCCCCCCUCCUCCUCCCUCCUCCCUCCCUCCCCGCACACGAACACGCACUUCUCCUAUCAGAGAUGCACGCUGAACGCCAUCCCCACGAGUAACUCGCUGUUGAACAAGUCGAAGCUGCCGUUGGCACUGGUGAUGACGCCGUAUAGGAGCGUGAAGGAGGAUGAGGAGCCGGUUCCGAUAAUCAAGGAUAUGGUUAUUGGGAGGUGUAAGCGGUGUAGGAUGUAUAUCAAUCCUUAUGUUACCUUUCUUGACGGCGGACAUCGCUGGCGCUGCUGCAUGUGCAACAUGCAAAAUGAAACCCCCCAACUCUUCGACUGGGACUCCACAACGAACAAACCCGCCGAUCGCUGGGCCCGCCCGGAACUGUCGCACUCCGUCAUCGAUUUCAUGGCGCCGCAGGAGUAUUGGACUCGACCCCCCCAGCCGGUCAUAUACGUGUUUUUGAUCGACGUUAGUUACGGGGCUAUUCAAUCCGGUAUGACGGCUACGGCUGCACAAGCUCUGCUUGAGAAUUUGGAUCGAAUCCCGAAUGAAGAUUCGCAUACGAAGAUCGCCCUCAUCGGGUUCGACACCUCGCUCUAUUUCUUCUCCAUGCCCCCCGGCACAACCGACCCCGAAAUGCUCGUCGUCUCCGAUAUCGACGACCCCUUCCUGCCUAAACCUACGGAUCUCGUCGUGGGCCUGACGGAAGCCCGGGCGUCGCUUGAGGUCUUGUUGGGUGGGUUUUAUGAGAUGUUUAAGGGGAGUAUGGUGCUGGGGAGUGCGUUGGGGAGUGCGUUGAGGGCGGGGUAUAUGCUUAUGUUGAAAUAUCCCGUCGGCGGCAAGAUCGUCGUCCUUACUUGUACACUCCCGUCCAUCGGCCCGGGUGCGCUCAAGAAUAGGGAAGAUCCCAAGAUCCUAGGGACGUCCAAGGCGAUCAACGGCCCAUGGUACAAAACCUUCGCCAUCGAAUGCUCCCGCGCCUACAUCUCCGUCGACAUGUUCCUCUUCCCCGUCCCCUCUCCCUCCUCCCGGCCCACCCUCCCCAACUCAUCCUCCUCGACCUCUUCCUCGACCUACCUCGACCUAACGACCCUCUCCUGCCUGCCCCACUACACCUCCGGACAGACCUACUACUACGGCCCCACCUUCUCCGCCUCCUCCCCCGCCUCCUCCUCCUCAGCCUCAGACAUCCAAAAAUUCAACUCCGAAUUCACCGCGGUAUUAAAGACGCCCUUCAUGGUCGAAGCCAUAACCCGCGUACGCGCAACGAGGGGUAUAAGGCUCUCCUCCUUCCACGGCAACUUCUUCGUCCGAUCCACCGAUCUCCUCGCCAUGCCGACAGUCCCACACGAUACAUCCUACACCAUCGAGCUCGAAAUCGAAGAAGAACUCACUAAACCUUAUAUCGUCAUACAAACCGGGAUCCUGCACACCACACACGCUGGGGACCGUGCGAUACGGGUUAUCACGCUCGCGUUGCCCACGACGAGUAGUUUGGCGGAGGUGUGGAGAGGCGCGGAUGAGGGUGCGAUUGCGACUUGGUUGGCGAAUAAGGGGGUGGAGAGGACGGGGACGCAUAGUUUGGAGAGUGCGAGGGAGGUGGUGAGGGGGAAGGUGGUGGAGAUGGUGCAGGCUUAUGCGAAGAGUAUGGUGGGUGGGGGUGGGGGUGGGGGAGCGGGGGGAGGGUUGGGCGUGCCGGAGAAUUUGAAGAUGUUGCCGGCGUUGGUGUUGGGGAUGUUGAAGAACCCCGCGUUGAGACAGAGCGCGCAGAUACCGCCGGAUGUGAGGGCUUAUGCGCAGGUUCUGUUCACGUCGUUACCGACGGAACUGCUCAUCCCCUAUAUCCACCCGAAUUUCUACUCUCUGCAUGAUAUGCCACCGGAGGCCGGAACCCCCGGCCCCACCGGCCACCCCCUCCUCCCUCCCCGUCUCCCCCUCUCCUCCGAGAAAUUCGAAAGACACGGGUUAUAUCUCAUCGAGGACGGACAGAGCAUGUAUCUCUGGGUCGGAAGGGACGCGGUUCCGCAGCUUAUGAUCGACGUGUUUGGGUUUCCGGAUUAUGGGGUUUUGAGGAGCGGGAAGACCUCCCUCCCUCCCCUCGACAACCCCUUCUCCCAACGCAUCUCCGCCCUCAUCACCCACAUCCGUACCACCCUCCGGCACGGCGUGUAUCACCCGCACCUGUACGUCGUCAAGGAGGACGGGGACGACCAGGCGUUGAAGAUGAGGGCGUUGAGUGCGAUGGUGUAUGAUAGGAAUGAGAGCGCUUUGCCGAGUUAUGGGCAGUGGGUGGGGCAGUUGAGGGAUAAGGUGAGUGGGGGUUGGUGA